AUGUCAUCUCUGCCUCCCACCCAACCUUCGAAGUCGCCGGCCAGUCGAAACCGCAGCUCCUUCCUUGCCAAAUUCCGCUCCCCGCUCGGCGGUCGCAAUCGCAGCAUCACCGACUUCUACAUCGACCCUGAUGAUCCGUGGCGCUCAUACUUCCCCGGGGAUGUGAUCAAAGGGACGGUUGUGGUAACAGUCGUGCGGCCGGUUCGUAUCACGCAUAUUGUGAUUUGUCUACAUGGAUUUGUCAAGGUCUUCAAAAAUGCGGUUCCCGCCGGCGAAGCGCCCCCCGACCUGGGAUACCUCGGUCCAGGUCGUGGGCGCCGCGGAGCCGAGUACAUGGGCAAUGGUUUGUCUACCUUAUUCGAGGAUGAGAUUGUCCUCUGUGGCGACGGCCGUCUCAAGGAGGGUAUCUAUAAAUUUCGCUUCGAAAUGGGGCUUCCUCCGUACGCGCUGCCUAGCAGUCUCAAUUUUGAGCGUGGUACCAUCGGAUACGCAUUGACGUCGACUCUUACGCGGCCGACGACUAUGAAUCCCACCAUGUCCUGCCGGAGGCGCGUCAAUUUCCUGGAAAACAUUGACAUAGCUCCCUUCCCUGCGCCCAAGGCUCGCGUUGUCACAUUGGAGCCGAUUUCCAAGCGCACCAAGUCCAAGUCCAAAGUGAAAUCAGUCAACUCAGAAGCAACUGCAGCCCCCGAUGGCUCGUCGAUCGACGUCCCCACCAACGGUGCGGCUGGCUCCGUAGACUCUAGACCACCUUUGAGUCCCUCCCUCAGCAAUGUCAGCUCUUCCAGUCGCCCUAGUGAGAGCAGUCAGAGUUUUCAGAUCGUGAUCGACCGAGGCUCGGCCGCAAGCACAGGAGGCCGCAACAGCGAAGCUCGCAGUGUGGCCCCUUCACUAUCUGACAAAACCAUUGUUGCCAAAGCCGAGGUUUUGCGCGCAGGCGUGCUACCAGGCGACACGUUGCCUAUUAAGGUGACCAUCAAUCAUUGGAAACAGGUGCGCAGUGCGCACGGCAUCAUCAUCACACUCUAUCGACAAGGUCGCAUUGACAUGCACCCUGCGAUCCCGAUAGGGUCUACGACGAAUGGCAAAAAACCUGUUUACGAAGACUGUUACCCCCGCUCACGUACUGGACUCGGGGGUCUGACUCUCGGCACAAGUCGGACGAGCAGUACUUUUCGCAAAGACAUGUCGCAGACAUUUGCACCGUUGAUUGUGGAUCCCAGCAAUAUGACGGCGAAUGUCAAAACAUCGAUUCGCGUACCUGAGGAUGCGUUUCCAACUAUUACCCGUGUGCCCGGUGCAAUGAUCAACUUUCGCUACUACGUCGAAAUUGUCAUCGAUCUUCGCGGCAAAAUUACUUCUCCAGAUCGAUUCCUCCCUCGACUCAACAUGGUCUCCGGGGGAAGUUCGUUCUCCCCAAGCGGCCAGAUCCUUAGCCCGGCAGACGCCAGCGCGAGCGGUAUCACGUCCAACUGGAGUGGAAACAUCCUCGACACGGACCAGAUUCGCCGAGAAAAGGGAGUUGUAUCAAUGGCCUUUGAGGUUGUCGUAGGGACACGUGACAGCCAGCGCCGUCAAGCUGCUGAGCGAAAGCCGUCCGUGACUGCGGAGUCCACUUGGUCUCGUCAAACUCCUCAGCCGUUCCCGCUUGCGGGCCCCUCUGGAGAGGGAGAAGACGGCUAUAAUGAAAGCCCCAUGGCGACCGCAACUGAAGACUAUGGUGCGCCUGAGCAAUACGAGUAUGACUUUGGAUAUGAGGGACACUGGCCCGAGUAUCCUGAAGAGGCUCCACAGCCUUUUCUGCGUGACGGCUCCAUGUCCGCUCUUCCUGGGACGUCAGAGCCCGUGGAUGAGAAAACACGAUUACGUCGCUAUGAAGAAGCUCUAUUACCGAGUCAGCCUCCCAUUGAGCCCGAAGCUGGGCCAUCCAAUGUGGAAGUGGCUGAACCCACUGCACCGGUGCUGCCUGAUGACGAUCAUCACUUACAUGCAUACGAACAUCUCUCAUCUCCGAUGGGUAAUGGUGGCCCACAUCCGGUUCGGUCUGCCGAAUCUUUGCAGACCGUUGUGGUCACGAACGGUGAUGGGGCUGGCCCCAGUGAACCCACCGUCCCUGCCGAUGACAAGCUGGAAUUGGAGCGACAGCGACUACUGCAACAUACAAGUGCCCCAAGCGCACCUCUUGCUACGAGUAGUAGUGUCCCAGAAGCUGGCGAGACGGCCUCGGCUCCCACGGCUCCCACGGCUCCCACGGCUCCCGAAUUUGACGAAGAUGAUCAACUGGUGGGUGGAACAGCCCAUGCAGAUGAAUCUUUACCUCGUUAUCAGCGAUGA